AUGUGGAUCCGUUGGGGUCCCGUUUACAUUACUGCUUCUCCAUAUCUGAGGACACAAUUGUCGCAUGUGUUUCUUUUUCCACAACAGGCGGAAGUGGAGCAGAAAAAGAAGCGAACUUUCAGGAAGUUCACCUACCGGGGUGUUGACCUGGAUCAGCUCCUUGACAUGUCUUAUGAGCAGUUGAUGCAGUUGUAUAGUGCACGCCAACGCCGGAGGCUCAAUCGCGGUCUGCGUCGCAAACAGCACUCGUUGCUCAAACGGCUCCGCAAGGCCAAGAAGGAGGCGCCUCCCAUGGAAAAGCCCGAAGUGGUGAAGACCCACUUGCGCGACAUGAUCAUUCUUCCAGAGAUGGUGGGCAGCAUGGUGGGCGUGUACAAUGGGAAGACCUUCAACCAAGUAGAAAUCAAGCCUGAAAUGAUCGGCCACUAUUUGGGAGAAUUUUCCAUCACUUACAAGCCUGUGAAACAUGGUCGACCUGGGAUUGGGGCCACCCAUUCAUCUCGAUUCAUUCCUCUGAAAUAAGAGUAUAGGGAAGAAUAUUUUUAUGUGUAAAUAAAAACAUUUCCCAACAA